AUGAUCAAAGUCGAUGAACCGUCAAGUCGACUUGCAAGCCUUCGGACGUCCGCAUACACACACUCGCAAGUCGACUUGCAAGUCAACUCCAAAACUGCUUCAUCACACCACAUCACACAUCUCCUACCCAACAGGCACUCAGAUUACUGCACCACUGAGUCCCUUCGCUACACCUACAACUGA